CGGGCCGGGGCCGGGGCCGGGGCCGGAGCCGGGGCCGGGCCGGGCAGCUGGAGGCCGCCGGGCGGGCGCACAGACUCCCGAAUUCCCGCACGGAUAGACUAAACUCAUAGACGAUCCCGCGCAGAUCCUGCUGGCACUCCAGGCCGCACCCGGCCUGGGCGAGGGCACGGAGGGCGGCGUGGGCGCGGCGGCUACUUCUGCUGCUGCUGCUGCGAGUGCGGGUGGCGGCGGCGGGCGCGGGGCCGUGCGGGGAGCGGGGGCGCCGGGGCCGCGGGCUCGGCACCGCUCGGCAGGGGGCCCCCGCCCCGCCGCCGCCCCGCCGCCGCCGCGCGUGAAUGAAAGUUGGCUCGGAUCUCUGUGCAGGGGACCCCUAUCAUCAUGCGAAGGUGAAGCCCCGGAGCUCCGUGCUGAACAUGCUCAAGAGGUUUGACAAGAUCAGGUUCAGAGGUCACAAGAGAGACGAGUUCCUCGAUCUGGCGGAGUCUCCCAACGCCUCCGACACGGAGUGUGGUGAUGAGAUCCCCGUGAAGAUCCCUCGGACGGCUGCCCGAGACAGCGAGGAGCUACACGACCCCGCUGCUCCGGGCACUCUCAUCAUGGCUUCUGGUGUCCAGGAUUACAACCGGACAGAAUUUGAUCGACUCAAUGAAAUCAAAGGGCACCUGGAGAUCGCCUUGUUGGAGAAGCACUUCUUGCAGGAGGAGCUGCGCAAGCUGAGAGAGGAGACCAACGCGGAGGUGCUGAAGCAAGAGCUGGAGAAGGAGCGGCAGCGGCGCCUGGAGCUGGAGCACAAGUUCCAGGAGGUCCUGAAGAGCAGGCAAGGGCGGCAUGGGGGGGGGGGGGGGCGGGCCAGCGGCCGGGGGAGACAGCGGGGGGGCCACCCCCCUCAGGCGGGCCUGGCCGGCUCCCUUCUCUUCUCGGUGACCCAGGAAGCCCUGCCUCGGGGAGGCCGGGAUCCCCCACAUCCCCCUGCUUGGCAUCGAUGGCCCUGGGGCGGGGGGAGUGGCCGAGCCCAGGCGGGCCCCCCCAGUUUUUCAGAGCCCUUUUCGGUAAGAGAAUCUCCUGGAGAGCUGCCGGGCCAGGGCGGGGGCCGCCUCCGGGUGCCCCCCGCCAGGGAUCCCGGAGCCCGCAAGUCCUGGGCCCUUGGAGUGAGGGGUGCUCGAGCUCUCCCUCUGGCCCAGGGGACCGGCCUCUCCCCCGGGCUUAGCCGGGCCACCACACGGGGCCCUUCACGUUUCCCCUACAGGAUCGUGGGGCUCAUGAUGGGCCUUUACGCGGGCAUCAAGUUUUUCCUCAUCGAUUUCAUCUUCAAGCGCUGCCGCCUCCGAGCCAAGUACGACCCCUACAUCAUCUGGACCAGCCUUCCCACGGACCCCCAGCUCAAAGAGCGCUCGGCCGCCACCGUGUCUAGGAGGCUCCAGACCACGUCCUCCAGAAGCUACGUGGGUGCCAGUGCCCCAGCCGGCAUGAGCAGGGACGACGACGCGGGGCGCUUCCACGGGACCAAAAAGGGGAAUUUCCACGAGAUCUUUAACUUGACGGAGAACGAGCGGCCGCUGGCAGUGUGCGAAAAUGGCUGGCGAUGCUGCCUGAUUAACAGGGACCGGAAGAUGCCCACAGACUACAUCCGGAAUGGGGUGCUGUAUGUGACGGAGAAUUACCUGUGCUUUGAGAGCUCUAAGUCCGGUUCCUCCAAGAGGAACAAGGUCAUCAAGCUCGUGGACAUCACGGGCAUUCAGAAGUACAAAGUCCUCUCCGUCCUUCCAGGAUCAGGCAUGGGGAUUGCGGUAUCAACACCAUCCACCCAGAAGCCCCUGGUGUUUGGUGCCAUGGUCCACCGGGACGAAGCGUUCGAGACCAUCUUUGGCCAGUACAUGAAAAUCACCGCCGCGGCCGCGGCCGCAGCAGCGUCCAGCGGCGACAGCUAGUAGAAGCCCCCGGGCAGCCCUGGGACCUCCUCGUUUGGGCAGCGACCGCCGCGGGUCAGCCUCACCAUCCCCUCCGCGAUAGUCCUCCGGCCCCGGCUUCUGCUCCACAUCACGGCCCUCCUUCCUGCUGGCCGCCAUGCUUGUUCCUGCAGUCCCGGGAGAGGCGGCAGGAGCGCAUUGGUCACCCCCGGCACAGCGGGCCCUUGGAAGUGUUUGUUCCGAGACACGCGGGAUGCCCCGCCGGGCGCGGCCCGCCACCUUCCCUCGGGGCCGCUGCCCCCUUCUGGGAGCUCUUCCCGGCCAGGGAGCACAGCUCCUUUUCAGUUCUCCCUCACUGACGUUGGAGAUGGCUGCGGUCAGAGAACCGUCUGAAAGUCCAUGUGACAGUCGCCAAGAGGUUAUUCUCCCCCUCCACGGCCCUGGGAUCCCAGGCGGGCCCAGUCUAGGAGACCCGAGGAGCGCAGGCCGGGCCGGAAGGCUCCCCCCCCCCCAUCCUCCUGGAAGGCCUCCAGGCGAGGUGACACCCCUUCUCGGUCUCUAGGGCUGAGCUGGCCCUUCGCCAAAGCGGCCCUCGUCGCCCCCUCCUUUCGCUUGUCCCAGCUUUCCAUGUGGCCCUGGAGGGAGCCCUCGAGCCCGCCUGGAGGUUUGGGCCAUGGACGUUCCCCAGGUCAGAGCCGGAGCCCAUCCCGAAGGACCACCAGGCUUCUGGGGUUCUUGGUUCCUAUGGCAACGCCAAAAGUGCCGGGUGUUCAAAUGAGACUGACGACAGCUUGAUGGCCAAGCGAGAGGGUCGGGUUGGCUCGGAGACGAUCCAGACAGGGAGGAUUGGGGAAACCAGAGUUCUCUGCGGCUUCUCCAAGUGGCCCUGACCCAGCAGCUGCCAGCAGAGCCCCUCUCUCGGGGACAGGAUUUCUAGGUCACGUUUGCCGUGCUGGAGCAGGGUGUGGUUAGGCCAGGGACCGACUGCCACCCUCUCCCCGUCUGACGUGCCCUUUGCCCACACAGGCCAAGAACGUGGGGCACAGAGAAGCACAGCUAGCCAGGGCAUUCCUCACUCGGCGAAAACCUGGGCAAAGGCUUGGGGUGGGCCGGCGAGAGGGCCCCCUCCAGGAGGAGGCCCGGGUUACUUUUUCUUUCUUAACAAGAAAAGGCGAGCCUGAAUGCUUCAGAACGAAAGGAUGGGACCGGCUCAUCUUCUUCCAUUCGGUGUAGGGAGUCAUGGAAAGCAGUGAGAGACCACCGAAUGUCCAGUGGCUUCCUGUUCCACCCGGCCUCCGGUCCAGAACUGGGCCCGUCCACCUGCCCCUCGUCCAGCUUGUCUUGUGUCCUCUGGAUGUUUGUGAGAGUUGUUUUUUGAAGAAACAGAUUCUAUUUUUUACAGAGAGCAAGCUGUUUUUUUCUUAUUUUUGUAUCAUUUUCAGAUGGGAUUUUUACCUUCGCUCUGAUCAUCAUUUGCUGGUUUGGAAAAGGAACUGGGCAGCAGCACUUAUGACCUCCCUUUCCCAGCCCCAGCUGCUGGGAUGUGGUCUUUUGAGUUCGACUGGUUUCUGCACCCAAAAUUGGCUCCCCAAACCUUGGUCCUCUGUUCCCAGAUCAGGGUGGGAAGAACUCACCGAUUCAAAAUGGUACCCAUCAUCCCUGUGAUCAGCCACACGGAUGCGCCAGGCAGAAAUGCCCACGAUUCGCCAGUGCCCGGCGGCCCAAGCUGAUCCCGUCUGUCUGUCUGUGGCCAGCUGGAUGUCUUAGCGGCCCCACGUGGAGGGCCCUCUCCUGGAUUCUUCUUCCUCCGAGUCCACCCACCCUGUCGUUGGGAACGAGCACCCCAGCUCUGGUUCUCACGGGCUUUGUGAGCUGGAGCCAGCCCUUUCCUUCUCUCUGUUCUCUUCCGACCCUUGACCCUCAUUAUGAAGACACAACUGGAAGCAGACUUCAGGGGAUCCGUGGGUCCCCUGGCUGAGACAGCAACACGUCACCCCCAGACCGUUCUUGCAGGGCAUUGUUGGCAUCCACCGGGUGACCUCAGGUCCCUCACGCAUCCAUCAUCGGCCACAGUGCUUGCUGCUGGCGACCCGUGCAGAGCUCUCGCCAGGUAGGGCUGGCCACUGAGACGCUCGCGGCAGAAUCAGACCCAACUUCUUCAGUAGAAGUGGAGUGGUCGAGUUGGAGUUCCUUCUAAGGAGUAAGGGAGAUGAAAACUGACCACGCGGAUGCAGACGCCGAGCGGACUGGCUUUGACGUUCAGUGCCCAUGAAGCUACCGUCUCCACUUGCUCUGGUGGGAGGAAAGCCCGUCGACCACGAGAGCGAGGGGCUUGUCACAAGCAGCCAGCAGCAGCAGCCUCUGCCGGUGUCCAUGCAGACCAAGAGGAGGGAUUUGAUCCCAGACUUUGGGGCAACUCUGCGUGUCGUUUUUAUCGAUUCUUUCCACUGGGGCAGGUGUUUCGUUUCUCUGACUAAUCACUGGAUAGAAGGGAUGUGAGAUUUUUUAUGUCUGGAGUUCGAGUCUAUUUUGAACCUGUAAAUAAUCGUUCCUCGUGUCACUUUGGUUCAACAAAGCAAUUGUAUGAUAAACUGAUGAAAACGAAAUUGCUCUGUGACUUUUUUUAAGAAAACCUGUUUGUUUAAAGAAAAGUCUUGUAUAAAUUAUAAUUUUUAUUUAAAUAAACCUAAAAUGCUUUGUGCUAACAA